CAAGUGCGGUCGCUGCGGCGGAUAACUUAGAAGUGGUGAAUUUUAGAGCUCUCAUUAUGUCAGUGGUAGGCAUUGAUGUGGGUUUCCAAAACUGUUACAUCGCCGUGGCCAGGAGCGGCGGCAUUGAAACAAUUGCCAAUGAAUACAGUGACAGAUGCACACCGGCCUGCGUGUCUUUGGCUUCCAAAAACCGUGUGAUUGGAAACGCAGCCAAAAGUCAAAUCAUAACAAACUUCAAAAAUACAGUCCAUGGCUUCAAAAAGUUCCACGGCAGAGCAUUUGAUGACCCGUUUGUCCAAGCAGAAAAACCCAAACUGCCUUACAGCUUACAUAAACUGGCCAAUGGAAACACUGGAAUUAAGGUGCGCUAUUUGGAUGAGGACAAAGUGUUUACAGUCGAGCAGAUCACAGGGAUGCUGCUCAACAAGUUGAAGGAGACGUCGGAGAGCGCUCUGAAGAAGCCGGUGGUGGACUGUGUCAUCUCUGUUCCAAGUUUUUUCACAGAUGCAGAAAGACGAUCAGUGUUUGAUGCAACUCAAAUUGCAGGCCUGAACUGUUUACGGCUAAUUAAUGACACGACUGCAGUGGCUUUGGCCUAUGGGAUCUACAAACAGGACCUUCCUACUCCAGAAGAGAGACCAAGAAAUGUGGUAUUUGUUGACAUGGGACAUUCAUCAUUCCAAGUCUCCAUCACCGCCUUCAACAAAGGCAAACUCAAGGUCCUUGCUACUGCGUUUGAUCCUUACCUCGGCGGGCGCAAUUUUGACGAGAUGUUGGUAAAUUACUUCUGUGAGGAGUUUAAGGGAAAGUACAAGCUUAACGUGAAGGACAACCCAAGGGCUCUGCUGCGGCUGCACCAGGAGUGUGAAAAACUGAAGAAGCUGAUGAGCGCCAAUGCCUCCGAUCUGCCUCUCAACAUAGAGUGCUUCAUGAAUGACAUUGAUGUUUCUAGCAGGAUGAACAGAGGCCACUUUGAAGACAUGUGUGCUCAAUAUCUGAUGGGAGUGGAGAUACCACUGAAAGCAGCCCUUGAACAAUCAAAGCUCAGCCGGGAUGACAUCUAUGCAGUGGAGAUAGUUGGAGGAGCCACAAGAAUGCCAGCUAUCAAAGAAAGAAUUGGCAAAUUUUUCUGCAAAGAAAUCAGCACCACGCUCAAUGCCGACGAAGCUGUCGCUAGGGGCUGUGCACUUCAGUGUGCGAUUUUGUCUCCAGCUUUCAAGGUGCGUGAAUUCUCCAUCACUGAUGUGGUUCCCUUUCCUAUUACUCUUCGCUGGAAAUCACCAACAGAGGAUGGACUUGGAGAGUGUGAGGUGUUUAGUAAGAAUCAUGCUGCUCCGUUUUCCAAAGUGAUCACCUUUCAUAAGAAGGAACCCUUUGAUCUCGAAGCCUUCUACAGCAACCCUCAAGAGCUCCCCUACCCAGACCACAGGAUAGGGUGCUUUUCUGUCCAGAAUGUGGUUCCCCAGUCAGAUGGCGACAGCUCCAAAGUUAAAGUCAAAGUGCGAGUUAACGUCCAUGGCAUCUUCAGCGUGUCCAGCGCCUCUCUAAUCGAGAAGCAGAAAGGAGAGGGGGAGGACAUGCAAAUAGACUCAGAGCCAAUGGUGCAGAAUGAAGGGAGGGCAGAAGACCAGACCAAAAUGCAGGUGGAACAGGAAGGUCAAAGCCAGGGGGACCAGCCGAAUGAAGACAACAGUUCCUGCAGUAAGGAGGGGGCGACCGGGGAAAAGCAGGAAGCAGCAGCAGGAGGAAGCAAGCCCAAAGUCAAGGUGAAGAGUAUUGAUCUGCCCAUCAUGGCCAACAACAUUCGACAGCUCGACACUGAUGUCCUUAACAACUUUGUGGAGUAUGAGCGUCAGAUGAUUAUCCAGGACAAACUGGUGAAAGAGCUGAAUGAUGCCAAAAACGCUGUUGAGGAGUAUGUUUACGAUCUACGGGACAAACUUUGUGGAAUCUAUGAGAAGUAUAUUACUGGGGAUGACAGCAACCGGCUGACGCGGAUGCUGGAGGACACAGAGAACUGGCUGUACGAGGACGGAGAGGACCAACCCAAACAAGUCUACGAGGAGAAGCUAGAUGCACUCAAGAGAUUGGGUCAACCCAUUCAGGACCGGCACAGAGAGCAUGAGGACAGGCCGAGGGCUUUUGAAGAGCUGGGAAAGAAACUCCAGUUCUACAUGAAGUUUGUGGAUUGCUUUAAACAAAAGGAUGAGCGAUACAUGCAUUUGAGUGCGGAGGAAAUAAGCUCUGUGGAGAAGUGUGUGAGUGAAAGCAUGGGCUGGAUGAACGGCAAGAUGAACGCACAGAGCAAACUUGGUAUUACUCAAGAUCCCAUUGUAAAAGUAGCAGACAUCAUUGCCAAAAUACAGGAGCUAGAGGAUGUAUGCAGUCCAGUGAUUAACAGACCAAAGCCCACCGUGGAGGAGGCCCCAGAACUGAAUGACCAAAGCAGUGGAGCUCAUAAUGGCCCGACAGCCAAGCAAGGAGCAGAAGGGAAGGCAGACACAAAGGGAAGCCAGCAGACAAAGCCUGGUCCAAAAGUGGAAAUGGAGGUGGACUGAGAUCAGCAUCUGAGAAGCAAACUGCAAACUCAUCACCACGUUUACCACAGCUGAACAUUUAGAAAGUAGAAACAUCAUACCUGGGACCAUUUCUCCAUCAUCACCAGCCACAUGUGUGGAUUUGUUUUUUUUUGUGCCCCUCUCCCCACUGGACUCUAACUUUUGAGGUUUUUGUUUACACCCUUUCAUCCUUGUGUGUGACAAUGAUGCGCUUUACUCGCUGAAAUGAUUGACAUAAUAAAUGAAAGAAUGAUGCUGUACAUAAAACAGUUUCCUCCGUACCAUACAGGAAUACGCCCUCUGUGUUUGCAUUCCCAUGUGUCUCAAGAACAUUCAGCAUCAGCAGUGAAUCCUGUCAUCAUAAGAGAAAUAGGUAGUGCUGUCCAAACAAUUGCUACUGCAGAACUAAUAGUUUGUAUGCAGUAAUACAAAUUAUACAUAUAUAUAUAUAUAUAUAUAUAUAUAUAUAUAUAUAUAUAAUUUGUAUUUAAUGAGUUUGGAAAGAUGUCCAUGUCUAGAAACUGUAAAUACUAUUUUAGUAAAUCAAAGCAGCCAACACAUAUAUGUACAUAAAGGACAUAUUCCUAGUAUAAUGGCAGUGCUUGAUAGAACAAAUCUCUUACGUAAGUGAUUGGUUGCCUAUUUCCCUUUUUGUUUUCUUGCAUUUUUCCCUACUUAAAUCAUGGGAUUUUAAAGAUGGCAAAAAUAAAUAUUUGU